AUGGCAACAGAGCAUCUUCACUCAUACUACAUUACCGUUGCGCAGCAACUCCAAGGUCGCAUUGUUUACACCAGGGACCAGCUGAUCGUGUUGAAGCCGGCGAACAGAACAAUGGACAUCCCUGCAGAAAUCAGGAGGAGGACACAUAGAGGAUGCAGAGGAGGAACGAAGCGAUGGGGAGAGAGAGCUGGGUCCAAACAGCAGAGGCUGAUGGAGAAGAGGAGAAAUCUCCCUUCUAUCAUCCUGGCCAACGUGAGAUCGCUGGACAAUAAGCUGGAUGAUCAAGCGGCCCUUGUGAGGAAUCAGAGGGACUUCCUUGAGUUGUUGAUUGAAUUGAUUUACUGUUCCAGCAAUGCAUUGAAUAAUCAGUUUUUUUUCUCUCCUAUUUUAGGUUGUCUGUUUGAAGACGAGCUCUGUACACCGUAUGAGUUCUGCAUCAGUGAUGGAGUGUUUGGAAGGUGCCAGGAGUUGGCCGUCGCAGACCUGUACACAUACGAUAUUUCUUCCUCUGCUCUGCAACGCCUCAGGAUCCUCCUACAAAAACUGGCUCACAGAGGUUUGACAUGGCAGGACAAUAUCACUCAGCAGGUCAUCUCUAGAGAGCUCUCCAAACUGAGGAAUGUCCCCCUCCGCCAUCAAGCCACACCUCCAACCCCCCCUAACCGCCUGACCGCCUACAGCAACUCCAGAGACAGGAAACUGAGGCCUGCGCAGGCAGAGACGAGCACACACCUUCAGCAGUACCUGACGGGUCGGACGCAGGCUGAGAAUGAAGACAUCAAGUCUGAUGGUCAUUCGGAGGUCAGCCGGCCGAAAUCCCAGCUGGGCUGGAAGGAAACCACUGUCUACAGCCUUCAGAAAGGAGCUGACCAACCUCCUGUUACCAAAGUCUUUUCCCAGAGUGGAGAGGGCAGGCACCCUAAGCUCAGUACAACCUACCCCAAUCGAGACCCAGGAAGGAGCAAGCUGCUUUCCAGCCAUAUUGAACGGAUUCUUGCUGGGACACCAAGCACUCAGCAGGGCACCCCAGGUGGAGAGGCCUCCUGGCCAAAAGGAAAACCCCACUACCUUAGCUACAUCCGGCCAGUUACGAGUGAACAUGCAAAGCUGCAGUCUCAGGUGGCUUUUGGCUCAAAAACCCAGAGGCCUAAUCUAGACAGACUGAUGUUCAAAGCCGGUUCAAACCAAGUGACUGCCAAAGAGCCUCUUAGUCUCAUUGACGAGCGAUUCGUCCAGAAUGUGGUGAACCAGCUGGGAAGGCACAGCAUCAACAUGGAGGACCUGGACCAGCUGGCUGAGGUCAUCACAGGAGCUCUGCAGGAGGUGGAGGAGGAGCAGCCUGCGAUUGGGGUCCAGCCAGGUAUAGGAGCUGCUGACUCCAGGGGGGGCAUGGAGGGUAACAAGGAGCCACUGUCAGCCAUGCAAUUGGAUCCAGACCAGGACCUGAAAUCAGACAACGGGCAGGAUCCAAACCAGAAAGACAGACUGAGAAUGAAACAGCAAGGCCAACAAAUAGAUGGUGCAGCCAAAGAGCCUGUUGACAAGCAUGCAGCCUUCUUCUCCAAGCUACUCGACUACCUCAACCUGGAGCCUUUCGGUGAUGCUCCAGAGGUCAACAGUGGGCCACAGGCCCCCCUCCAGAAAAUGGUUGGACUGGAGAGUGUCCAGAGCCGGACGACGCAGAGCCAAGUUCCAGUAUCCCAUCGCUGGGAGGAGAAGACCAAGGCCGUGCCUGAGAAGCAAGGCUCCACCCUGCGGUUAACUGGUGGCGCAGAGGGCCCCGUCGCACAGGUGGACUCAGAGAUUGAGAGGUGGAUGCAGGGGAUUGAGGCCUCGGCGGGGAAGAAGCAGUUGGAGGAGCUGCAGAAGAACGACAUGAGAGUCAAAACUCAGCUGGUCCAUGUGGGGGUGAAGGAGUUUUCCAGCAGAGGGAAAGACAGACACUUUGGCUAUAUCAUCACCGGCUCAGACUCCCUCACCACUGACCAGAGCAAUGACCUCAUGGAGCGGCUGACGCAGAGGCUGAACCUCCAUGCUGCAGAUCUCAUCCAGCUCUCUGUCCUGGGUCCUGCAUUGACUUUUAGAGUUGGCACCAACUCCAAGAACGUCACCACUGCAGAUCUGGUUCAAGUUGCAGUCCAACAGAAGCAGCAGCUGGAGGAGGAGACAGGUCUGAAGAUAGUGGAGGCGGGAGUUAGUGAUAGGGGCAGCCUGACCCAGAUCCCUGUGGUGAAGGAGACCAGGGUGGAGUCGGGCCAGUUCCUGCUGCUCUCCGUCCUCUGCAUGCUCUUCAUCCUGGUUGCGCUGGCAGUGUCCUCCACUUUCUUCUGCGUGCGCAAGCGCUCGCACCUCCACAUGAAGGAGAAGUUGGCCAGCCUGGGGACUGACACCAGUACUGAUGCCACCACAACCUAUCAGGAGCUGUGUCGCCAGCGAAUGGCGGUCCGGACGUCAGAGCGUGUUGAGCGGCCGGAGACCCUGCGCCACUCACGGCUCAACAGCGUGUCAUCCCAGUUCAGCGAUGGCCCCGCGGCUAGCCCGUCUACCCGCAGCAGCACCUCCUCCUGGUGCGAAGAGCCAGUGCCGUCUAACAUGGACAUCUCAACUGGUCAUAUGAUCCUGUCAUACAUGGAGGACCACUUGAAGAACAAGAACCGUUUGGAGCGUGAAUGGGAGGCCCUGUGCUCCUACCAGGCAGAGCCUGGUGCCUGCAGUGUGGGGCAGGGCGAGCAGAACUCCAAGAGGAACCGCCCAGAUGCCGUGGUCGUAUAUGAUCAUUCCAGGAUCACCUUGAAAGCGGAGAACAACCACGGCAACUCAGAUUACAUCAAUGCUAGUCCAAUAAUGGACCAUGACCCUCGCAACCCUACUUACAUCGCCUCGCAGGGCCCACUUCCUUCCACCGUUGCAGACUUCUGGCAGAUGGUGUGGGAGAGCGGCUGCGUUGUCAUCGUCAUGCUAACGCCCCUUUCUGAAAAUGGAGUGAAGCAGUGUCACCACUACUGGCCUGACGAGGGAUCUGAUGUCUACCACAAAUACGAGGUCAACUUGGUGUCUGAGCACAUCUGGUGUGAGGACUUCCUGGUGCGGAGCUUCUAUCUGAAGAAUCUGCAGACCAACGAGACACGCACCGUCACCCAGUUCCACUUCCUGUCCUGGAUGGACCGUGGGAUCCCCAGCUCGGCCAGGACGCUGUUAGACUUCCGCAGAAAGGUUAACAAGUGCUACCGGGGUCGGUCUUGCCCGAUAAUUGUUCACUGCAGUGAUGGAGCUGGCAGGAGUGGGACUUACAUUCUGAUUGACAUGGUCCUCAAUAGGAUGGCUAAAGGUGCUAAAGAGAUUGAUAUUGCCGCUACCCUGGAGCACUUGAGAGACCAGAGAGCUGGCAUGGUCCAGACAAAGGACCAGUUUGAGUUUGCACUGACAGCCGUGGCAGAGGAGGUGAAUGCCAUCCUGAAAGCGCUUCCUCAGUGA